AUGGAGCAACUCUGGAUGCCCGUUCUGUUGGUGGCCUCUUGUGUCUCUGCUGUCCACAGCUCAUUGGAGGAGGAGUCCGAUUUCUCCAGCAUCAACAUAACUAAGCCCUUGCACAUCCUGGAGGAAGGCAACCUGAUGGUGUUAACGCCUGCAGGCUUGGCUCAGAUGUUGAACCAGACUCGCUUCCUCAUGGUGCUCUUCCAUAACCCAUCCUCAAAGCAGUCCAGGAACUUGGCUGAGGAGCUGGGCAAAGCUGUGGACAUCAUGGGCAAAGGCAAGAACGGGGUUGGCUUUGGCAAAGUGGACAUCACCGUAGAAAAGGAGCUUCAGCAGGAGUUUGGUGUUAAGAAGGGGCCGUCCCUGAAGCUGUUUUUUGAGGGCAACAGGUCGGAGCCCAUCCGCUGUAAAGGAGUGGCUGAAUCGACUGCCUUGGUCGUUUGGUUGAGAAGACAGAUUAGCCAGAAAGCAUUUUUGUUCAACAACAGCCAGCAGGUGGCAGAUUUUGUGAGCUCCAGACCCUUGGUUAUCAUCGGCUUCUUUGAGGAUUUGGAAGAAGAGGUAGCAGAGCUGUUCUACGAUGUGAUCAAAGACUUCCCAGAGCUGACUUUCGGGGUGAUAAAAAUCAAGAAUGCCCUUGGGCGCUUCCACGUCAUCCUGGACAGUGUCCUUGUGUUCAAAAAGGGGAAAGUCGUGAACCGCCAAGAGCUUAUUAAUGAUAGUACCAACAAAUAUGACCUCAAUCAAGUCAUCAAACAGCACCUUACAGAUUUGGUGAUUGAAUACAACACGGAGAAUAAGGACUUGAUUUAUGAAUUGCACAUCCUGAAUCACAUGCUGCUCUUUGCCUCCAAAAGUGCUGAGUCAUUUGGUCUCAUCAUCCAGCACUAUAAACUGGCAUCAAAGGAGUUCCAAAACAAGAUCCUUUUCAUCUUUGUGGAUGCUGAUGAACGUAGAAACAGACGUGUGUUAGAGUACUUCCAGCUCUCAGAAGUCAAUAUCCCGUGUGUUCACAUCCUCAACUUAAGCUCGGAUGCCAGAUACAAAAUGCCUUCGGAUGACAUAACCUACCAAAACCUCAAGAAAUUUGGCCGCAACUUCCUGAACAAAAAUGCCAAGAAACAUCUAUCCAGUGAAGAGAUUCCAAAAUACUGGGACCAAGGGCCAGUUAAGCAGCUCGUGGGGAAGAACUUCAACUUGGUCGUCUUUGACAAGGAAAGGGACGUGUUUGUGAUGUUCUACGCCCCCUGGUCGGAGAAGUGUAGGGCGCUGUUUCCCCUGCUGGAGGAGCUCGGCAUCAAAUAUCAAAACCACUCCACAAUCACCAUUGCCAAGCUCGACAUCACAGCCAACGACAUUCAGCUGACGCCCAUGGACCGGUACCCAUUCUUCCGGCUUUUCCCUACUGACUCUGAACAGGCUGUUAAGUAUGAUGGAGAACACACCAUGAAAGGCUUUUCUGCCUUCCUGGAAAGCCAAGUGAAGACCAGGGCUGAAGAGGAAGUGGAGGAGCUGUUGCCUGUUGAUCAGAAUGAAGUGAUAGAAGAGGAGGCAUUGGCUAAGGAGGUGGGGGUGCCUUUGGUGGAGGCAGAGUUGCCGGAGCAGCAAUUGCGUGAGCUGCAGAACAUGACUACGCUGGAAGAGCCAGCUGGGCAGAAGGAAACAACUGAGGUAGAGGAGGAAGUCGCCGUGCCAGAGGGACCUCCAAGCCAAGAGAAGAAACCGGCAGUCAAGGAAGAACUUUAGCUUCUCCGAAGCUAGGGAGGAAGGUACCCAG